AGGCCGAGCGAGAACAGCACGUCAGAGGCGUGCUCGGAGAGGAGCCUGGGGGGAUUCUGAGAGGGACGGACUUUGACGGAACACAGGGCGUCAAUCUGUCGGUCCACCGCUAGCAGCCAGCAGGGUCCGGGGUUUGCACCGUCCUGAUUCCUUGUGUGGUGUGUGUCGGGAGUUCGGUCGGCUCUCCGCGGUGUGAUGGAACUGGACAGAGUGGAUGAAAAUGACUGGAAAUACCACGGAGAAGGAAACAAGAGCCUGGUGGUCUCCCAUGUUCAGCACUGUAGAGUUUUACGUCUCCUCAAGUAUCCAGCAGAAGACUCUGAGAACCCUCCUCAGACGGCGGAGCAGGCCUUCAGGCAGAUCCAGAACAUCGUGGACUUCACCUCCAAUGUCAUGAGCUGCCUGUUGGGGGAAAAGUUUGUCCACAGUGGGGAAGUGGUCAGACUGCCGCUGGAGUUUGUUCGACAGUUAUCCAUCAAGAUUCAGCAUCAGAGACCAGCCUGGCGCUGUGAUAAAGUCAUGGACAUCUACAGCGGCUGCGCUCUGUGUCUGCCCAACCUGACGUCUCCGACCCUUCACCAGCCCACGCUGACCCCGCCCCUCUGCAUCGAGAUCAAGCCUAAAUGCGGCUUCCUGCCGUCCCCAAAACACGUCAGCAAGGACAUCAAGACCAGAGUGUGUCGUUACUGCAUGCACCAGCACUACAAGGUGGCCAAUGGGAAGUGGAAGAGACGCAGUCUGUACUGUCCCCUGGACCUGUUCUCAGGAAACAAACAGAGAAUGCACUUCGCCAUCAGACACCUGAUAGAAGAACCUCAGAAUAAUCUCAAAGUAUUUAAGGGUGGUCAGUGUAUCUACAACAGUAAGGAGGGUAGUGACGAGUCGCCCGACACAAACUCUCUGCUGCAUCACCUCAGACCUUACUUCCUGCGUGGAAACAACCGCGUCAACGGUCACGUGACCACCAAAGCCGUCCUGAACGACUUCAUACAGGUCCUGGGAAACGCCCUGCUGAGCGCCGCAGGAGGAGACGGAGGUCAGGUGACCGACAGGACAGGAGAGGGGCGGAGCUUCUGCGAGGCCAGUCUGUUUAACAGGGAGCGGAUUCGCCACGGAUCUCAAGGUUUACCCACCAACAACAUUUUGUCCAGAAUCCUUCAGACUCAGAUGUUGGACUCGUUGGACAUCGAAGGACUUUAUCCUCUGUACUGCCGAGUGGAGCAACACCUGCAGGACUUCCCCAAGGAUAGGACCGGCCUCCAGAUAGACGGACCGUACGACCAGAACUUCCUGGAGAAAGUGCAGAAAUGUUCGAUGGAGGAUGACGACUCUGUGGAGUACGCUGCAGCCAAGGUCCAUCAGUACCGGAUCGCCAUGACAGCUAAGGACUGCUCCAUCAUGGUUACGCUGGUUCCCAGUAGUGAGGAAGAGGAUGAUGAUGAAGACCUCUCCUCCCAGAAGCGUCUCAGGGACUUCAGACCUCAGGCCUUCUCCUCCUCCGUCUCCGUCCUGGAUCUGGACCCCAAGCCGCUGGACAGCGUCCCCCGCCAGCUGCGUCUGGACCAGAAGAUCGUCUCCUGUUACCUAAGGACGGGCGGUACCUUGCUCAACGGCUCCCUGCCGCCGCUGCCCAGCAUCCUGGCGGCGGAGAGGGAGGAGCGGGCGCUGCUUUUCCAGGCUGUGUGAGCAGACCGGUCCUGAGCUCAGAGAGCAGUCCGACCAGAACCCAGCACCGGUUCUGUUUUACUUCACCACAAACUCGCAGCUUCACUCUGACCUCUCCUGAAGCUGUUGUCAUAGCAACGGGCUCUGAUGCUCUGAGGCCAUCAUCAUCAAAGACUGAAACGCUUUAGUAAGUCAAAUUAAAGGUCGGUGGACCCCGACCAGAACCAGCAGAACCUCCUGGGUCAGUUGGUUCUGGUCGCUGUAUCCGGGCUCCAACUGAGCUGGGACAGAACCGCUGGUGUUUCCUCUCAUAACAGGAAGUGAUUUACUGUCGAGCAGCAACAGGACAGCCUUUUACUGGGUCCAGCUUCGGGUUGAGCCAGAACCUCCCAGCGUCUGAAGAGAGCGGGUUUGGUUCUGUUUGUGCCAUAUCGGACUGGACCGCUCACUGGGCUCAGAACAGAUUUCAGUCUGGCGGUUAAACAAACAGCAGCAUUCAAAGGUUCUGAUCCGGUCCCGGUUCUUUCCUCUUAUCCAGUUCCUUCCUCUCUCUGUUCUGGUUCUACAAGUCUUCCAGACAGUUCUUUUGGACUUUGGCUGAUAUUCAGUCCUUUUCAGUCCAACAGAACCCAGAGGACCUUAUGGAGGUUCUGGAGAACCGCUGAUCCAAACAGAGAAGAAGUAGUGAGGAAAUGAGGACCGGUUGGAUAUCAGGAGGUUCUGAGUUCCGAUUUCUGGACUGAAAGUUGCUCCAGAGUCCAACCGGACCCCUUCAGAAUCGUUGUAGAACUCAGAGCGUUCGGCUGACCUGCACUUUGCUGUGAAGGUCCGAUCUGACCUCUGACCUGCUGGUUUCUGUGCCAAACAUGGCCGGUGCCGGUUCUGGAGGACGGUGAUGGUUUGUUUGUUGAGGAAACUAUCUCUGUUACAGGUUGCGUUCCCCUGCAGCCCGACCCGUUCAGCAGGUCUGGACCGAUUCUGCUGGACCGGCCAGCAGCGGCUUCAGAGAAACCGCUGACCUUUGACCUCGGUUCCCGUUGAAGGCGCUCUCCUUUGGCCAAUCAGUAGCAGUGUGUGCUCACUGGGUGUGGCCUGUCUGAACGGCACCGCAGACCGGAAACGCUCCAGUUUUCAAGUUACGGCUCACAAUCAGUAAAAUGUUGAUAAAGUCGAUUUGAUGACGAAGCUGAAAGGUGAACAUAUCCACUUCCUCUGAGGCAAAACCCGACUUUAUUCACCCUUAAUGUGACCUUUAUCCUGAAAAAUUCACCUGGAACACAAACUGACUUCUUAGUGGGGAAAACAGAACCAAUAAAUCUGUAAUAACCCGGUCGGGUUUAUACACCCUCCAACUAGCAGGUUCUGGUCCAGUUCUAGCAUUUGGGUGAAUCUGAUGAACCUGAAGUAAAGUUCAGCUGGGAUCUUCCUCACAUCUGCUCAUGUUCCACAGGGUCAGACGGUUUAAAGGUAUCAGUCAGGAGAAGGGCACAUCACACUGAUCUGCUAGAAAACUGAAGGAUUUUAUUUUCCAUCAUCUCCGAGAGACCAAACAUCAAGUCAGAACAUUUCAUGAAUGAUUUUAUGGGAGGAAAACUACAUAGUUUUAGAACGGCCUAGUCAAAGUCCAGACUGAAAAUCAAUGAGCUGAAUAGGCGAGUGAAGACUAGACUGGAGAACUUGUAUAAAGCAGGCAGAAUGACUCCCUGGAACCAAGACAGUUGGGUUGAGGGUGUGAAAACGUUUUCAUGCAGGUUCUUGUUUUUCCAGGAUAAAAGUCACAUGAAAUGUUUCCAGAACUUUCAGCGCUCCACGUCUCACCACUACAGGAAGAGACUUCAACAGGGUGAAAACUUUACAGCAAAGGGGAGCUUUCAGUUUGUUUAAUGCAAAAGGAAAAUAAAUGACAUAUGAACAGUUUUACUGAGAUUUUUAUGUUAAGAAAUUAAAAAAAAUAUUUUAAACAUUAAAAAAAUGUGAAAUCAGAGGAUUUUUAGUUACAUUAAGCUUCAGUUUUCUGUUGAAAUUGUUAAAAAUCUGAGCUGGAACCUGAUUGGCCGGCUGUCUGAGCGCCUCCAUUCGUUGAGGGUCAUAGGUCAUCAGCUCUGUGAUUCCUGCAGACUGGAAAUCAAAGCAACAGAAACUCUGAGGAUGUAAAGGCCAACCAGCUGUCUGGUGUUUUCUACUGAAAUCAUUUUAUUUUUGUAGAUUUGGACCAACAAGCUCCGCUGGUUCUGUUGUCACAGUCACGCUCUUUGUAUCAGAAUAAACAUUUGUACCGGA